AUGUCUUCCUCCGUCGCGCCCGCCCCCGCCAUCCUCACCCCGAAGGAGGUGCUCGGGGCGCUGCGGGACCUAACCCAGGCGGUCCAGGAGAUCCACCUGUUCUUGACCGGGUCCUACGGGCCGCACCCGGCUGUGCCGCCCAUUGCCGCCACCGCGCCGCCGUGGCUGCUGUGGCAGCCGCCGCACCAGGAGGCCUCCGCCGCGCUCGCCGGGUCACACCCGGCUGCGCCGCCCAUCGCCGCCACCGCGCCGCCGUGGCUACCGCCGCACCAGGCGGCCUCCGCCGCGCUCGCCGGGUCGCACCCGGCUGCGCCGCCCAUCGCCGCCACCGCGCCGCCGUGGCUGCCGUGGCUGCCGCCGCACCAGGCGGCCUCCGCCGCGCUCGCCGGGCCACUGCGCAGCUGCCAUCCACCGCCACCACCGCCCCGCCCUGGCUGCAGUGGUAGCCGCCGCUCCUGGCGGCCUCUUCCGCGCCCGGCGCUUCGCUACAGCAGCCCCUGCCGCUGCCCGGCGCGGCACCGCAGCAGCCGCUGCAGCUGCAGCAGCCACCGCCGGUACGUAGCACCUAGCUGA